AACCGAUUAUGAUUUGUUUUGAUAAAACUGCAAUAACUCGCAUUCAUUCUGGUCACCUUCCCUGACCAAACUCAUCAAUGUGAUAAGCAGAAAAACCCCAUUCUGCACUUCCCAUGCACAAGUCUAUAUAAUUUGACCUCAAAACAUCACAUAUCUUGCACCUUUUCUUUUCUUUUCUUUUCACAAAAAUGGAGCAACUUUCUAAGUUCACCCAUGACACUCUGCUUCUCCACAAAUCCAUUCCACAAAAUCGCACAAGUAUUCUAUCAACUUCUUUCAAGAUCUUAUCGUUUAUCCUCCUUACUUUGCUUGCGUUCCUUUUUCUCAAUCAAAUACAAAAAGCUAACUUUUUAGUAUUAUGUGUUAGUUUCGUAUUCCUUAUCUAUAAAACUUACCUGAUAUCAAGGUCUUCAGAUAUCUACCUUGUUGACUACUCUUGCCUAAAGCCACCAAACUUUUGGAGAGUACCCUUUUCGUCUUUCCUUGAACACUCACGUAUCGUUCACUCUCUUGACCAAGAAAGUGUUGAUUUCAUGUCUAGAGUGUUGGUGACUUCGGGUCAAAGUCAAAAGACAUGCAUUCCUCCAGCUCUACACUACCUUCCACCAAGAUCAUCUCAUGAAGAUGCCAUUAACGAAGCUCAAAUGGUUCUGUUCCCAGUUUUUGAAGACCUUCUGUCUAAAACAAAACUCUCCCCUCUCGAUAUUGACAUUAUCAUAGUCAACUGUAGCGGGUAUUGUUCCACUCCUUCGCUAUCGUCAAUCAUUAUCAACAGGUACUCGAUGCGAGAAGACAUAAAGAGCUUCAACAUCAGUGGUAUGGGGUGUAGUGCGAGUGCAUUAGCUGUUGACAUGGCGCAGAACCUUUUAAAAGUUCACAAGAACUCUAACGCUGUAAUUCUUAGUACAGAGAUUUUAUCAAACGGUUGGUAUGCAGGAAAAGACCGGUCAAUGAUGAUCCUGAAUUGCCUCUUCCGAUCAGGCAGCGCAGCGAUUCUAAUCACCAACAAGGAAUCCGCCAGAAAGAUAUCCAAAUACAGAUUACUCUACACUCUUCGAACCCAAGGUGCGUUCGAUGAUAUAGCGUAUAACGCUGCAAUCCGUGAAGAAGACUCCAAAGGCUUCUUGGGGUUUAGGCUUAAAAAAGACGUACUACAUGUGGUCGGAGAAUUACUCCGAUCGAGCUUUCACAUUAUGGGUUCUUCUAUUCUUCCAUUAGAAGAGAAAAUCCGAUACGGGUUUUCUGUGAUUAGAAAGAAAUUCCUCGACAAAUCGACUGAGCUUUACGUACCAAACUUCAGGAAAGUGAUACAACAUUACUGUUUGCCGACGUCUGGGAAGGCGAUGAUAAUGGAGAUAGGGAGAAAGAUGAAGUUAAAAGAUGAGGAAGUGGAGGCUGCACUGAUGACGUUACAUAGGUUUGGGAACCAGUCAUCUUCUUCAUUGUGGUAUGAAUUGGCGUACAUGGAAGGGAAAGAGCGAGUGAAGCAAGGGGAGAGAGUGUUGCAGCUUGGGAUGGGAAGUGGGCCCAAAUGUACCAGUUUGGUAUGGGAGUGUAACAGGCCGAUUGUUGGAGAGUCUGCUAAGGGCCCAUGGGCCGACAGUAUCAAUAGUUAUCCUAUUUAUAGUUUUUUGACUUGACUCUAUAUUCGAUAGUUGGGUAUAAAUUAUAUAUUUAACUAAGUCAGGACAUAUUUGUUAUCGAGGCACAUUGAUUGUGGAUGGAAAAUUGCUUAUAUUUCUUAAGCUUUCUUUCCUUAUGAUUUCGGGCAUUGGUUAUAGUUAAUUAUCUAAUAUAUUGACAAUAAACUUUUAUAA